UUGCCUUUUUCUCCUAAUGACAGUUGACCUUUAAAAAACUCUCUUCAAACCCACGUCUCUCUCUCUCUCUCUCUCUCUCUGUCUCUCACACCCUUCUGAUUUUGAUAUACCUUCUUCCUCCUCAUCUUCUGCCCCCCAAUUUCCUUUGCUUUCUCAUCCUUCAUUGAUCAUUCUUCCCUCAAAAGUGAAAAUUACCCACAUUCUGAAUUCCCAGAAGAAACUCGAAAGAACUAUGUCGUUUAACCAGCUGCAGGAGGAGGACGAUGAGGCCACUUUGGAGCAGACCCUUUUGGUGGUCCGGGAGGUGGCCGUCUACAAAAUUCCGCCCCGGCCCACCUCCGGCGGUUAUAAGUGUGGAGAUUGGCUCCAGUCCGACAAGAUCUGGUCGGGUCGCCUUCGGGUCGUUUCAUGCAAGGCCCGCUGCGAGAUCCGGCUCGAGGACCCGGCAUCGGGGGACCUCUUCGCCGCCUGCUUCGUCUUACCCGGCCAGCCCCGCGAGAGCUCCGUUGAGACCGUCCUCGACUCGUCACGCUACUUCGUCCUCAAGAUCGAGGACGGCCAGGGCAAGCACGCCUUCGUGGGGCUCGGCUUCGCGGAGCGCAACGAGGCUUUCGACUUCAACGUGGCGCUCUCCGACCACGACAAGUACGUCCGGAGAGAGCACGAGAAGAACGAGAGUGGGGAGGCCACUGACGAUACCCACAUCGAUAUCCAUCCCGCUGUUAAUCAUAGAUUGAAGGAAGGAGAAACAAUCCGGAUAAAUGUGAAGCCCAAAGUCAAACCAACUAGUGGAACUGGUAUGCUUUCAGCGGCUGGUCUGACAGGGGGGCUUUCUGGAACUGGAAAGCCUAAAGCUUUGGGCCUUGCCCCACCACCCACUGGGGUGGGAAAAAUUAGGUCUCCACUCCCUCCCCCUCCCAAUGAUCCUGUUGCUGCUCGGAUGACCUCUGCCAAUCACCACGGGGUCGAUCUCAAGGAAUCUAAGGAAAAUGUGAGGCAUUCUAAUGAUCCUUUGACAGACCUUUCUCCACUUGAGAGAAAUCUUCCUUUGGCAACUGGAUCAGGAUCGAAGACGGCGGCAUCGGGUUGGGCAGCUUUUUGAUUGUGUGAGCAUUUAUUAAUUGUGAUUGAGAUCCUUGUUUGAUGUCUUUUGAAAAAAAAAAAAAAGUAACAAAAGAAAAUGAGAAUGAAAAAAAUAGAAAGUAAAUAUCUCUGGAAAAUAAUGUUCCCUGGAAUAUACCUAUAUAUGCUUCUUUUGUCCCACUUGAACUUAUAAGAUCUUAGUUAUAUAGCAAAGGCUUAUUUUUCUUUUC